CAUCGGCGCACGCUCCAAACACCAACUCCACCAAGAUCGUCGGCUCCCAAUGACGCCCCCAGCCGACCCGUCACCGCCCGCAGCGAAGCGAAGGAAGAAGCGGCUGCCAAUAUCGUGCCUGGAAUGCCGCACUCGCAAGGAGCGGUGCGAUCGGAACGUGCCUGGCUGCGCCAACUGCAGAAAACGAAACGUCGAUUGCCGAUGGGGUGAUGAGCGUGACGAAAACGUCGCUUCAUCGUCCAGCUACGGGAGCCCAGCGGCCACGACUACGCCGCGGUCCGUCGCGAGAAAGGCACAGACGGAAGCAAGCCCAACAGUCUCUGCUGUCGUUGCUUCUGCGGCCAAUACAAAUUCUUCCAACGCCAUUGAGGGUUCACUUCAAGGUAUCGAGAGCUACGCGUCCGGUGGUCGAUUUGAUCUCAGCCUCUCAUCGCUGUCAGCCUCGGAGCAAGCCUCGAGGCGGCGCAAACUCGCUUUGAACAUCGCUUCGCGACUCCCUUCCAAGGAGCUCACGCACGAGCUGGCCGAGCGGCACCUGGAUCUGUCCCAUCAUGCCUUCUACUGCAUCGAUAUGCAAGACUUCUUCCUCGCCGUAGAUGAGCUCUGGCCUGCCCUCGAAGCACUCCGCGGUCCUGCACCUUCUUCCUCCUCUACCGAGCGCUUUCGCCCCAUUCGUUUCGACGUCCUAGCCUGCCUACUCAUGGUGCUGGCGGCAAGCGCCCAGGAGAUGCCGAGAACGUACCUCAUCGGCCUCGGUCUCGUCAGCACCUCGGAACAGGUCUCUUCAACAAUCUCGACGUGGCUUGAGGACGGCCUCGACUGCAUUGAUCUGUGUCAGAGGCAGGCCGAACUCACAAUGACGGCGCUUCAGGCCAUUUGCGUUUUUGAGCUCUGGCUGGCUGACCGGGUGCCAGUGUACAGGCAAACAUCCCUGCUCGAUCUGGCUGCUCGCAGCGCUGCGCGUCUGGGCCUCGAUCGUCUGUCAAACGACGAAAGAGACCGGCUGGCAUGGAAACAGCCUUCUUUUGGUAGACCGCAAUCGUCGCAGUCUGGUCCCUUGAGCUGGGGUGCAGCACGAUUCUUUGCCAAGGACGCACAUUCACGAGAGAUCGGCAGGGCAGUGUGGUACAUCGUUUCGAUGCUCCUGAGCGUCACCGUCACCUUCUACUACUGGAACCCGCGCAGCGCUGUUGACUCGAUGCCGCCUGGCCAGCUGAUCUCCCUGCAAGAUGAAGCAGCUUACAAUGUGAGAGAGUAAGCAGAAACUAAUGUCUUGUUGCGAGCUAAUUUUACGUAUGGCACAGCCUUUCGCGACGUGGCCGCUGUAUGCGAGUCUAUCUGGCAUUUUGCAAGAGUGGACGAGGCUCAUGGCGCUGAGCGAGGCCAGAGGCGCCCAGCCAGACUACGAAGCAUACAUUGGCAUCCAUACCAAGCUAUCCUACCUUCACCAGGAGCUCCCUGCCUCGGACCUGACGCACUUUCAGCUCUUCCAACGCCCUGAUGAGAGCAACGAGAGCUAUCGUGACCGAGAGAAGAAGAUCGCGCAAAAGGCUUUUGCCGCUUUUCUUCUCCAGUGCAAGUUCUUGAGGCUGGUGAGUCUGAGACACCUGAUGCU